UUCAGUUAAUAUAAAUCUCUCAUUUUAAUUUAUGUAAUACUUUUAAAUUUUAAGAUUCAAAUAAAUCUAUUUUGAUAAAUUUUUAAAAUAUUUUUUCUUAAAAUUGUUAAUUAUCAAAACUUAUAGGUAGUCGAAUUGCUCAGUUAAUUGAGGCAUUUCUAAUAGUUCACGUCGAAGAUUCCUCAUUUUCUGUUUGUCUGUAUCAAUGUGCACUCCAUGUAUUUGUCAAAAUGCAGGAAUAUUCAUUCACAUAUCAAUGGAAGGGAAUAUCCUCACAAAAUCAUUUUCAGUCUUCUCUGCGUUUCAAUUGGUACGAUUUUCGUGCUCUACGAAGAUAUCCAAGAUUACAGCUCAACAGACAAAUCUGUCAAUGGCAUUGGAUGAGGUUUCUUGAUUAUUUACUUGUCAUAUAGUUAUACAUGUGAGACAAAAUGAGAGAUGUAAUUUAGUAGGAAAUUCUCUUUAUUUAUGGUUGAUUAUAACUUAUAACUUUGUUUGCUGUUCUAAAUCACAACAUUUUCUCUUAUUUCUAUUACCCUUCAUCCAAUUCCUUUUAAGAUAUGGCAGAUUUGGUACUAUAUCCUGUUUUACAGGUGAUUCUUGAAAAGUUAGCCUCUCCAUAUGUGCAGAAGUUCCAUGAUCUCUACCAUUUGAAGGAAAACAUAGAAAAACUACAGAAUUCACUACCAACUGCUAGAGCUUUUCUUGAUGAUGCACAUAAGCGACAAGAAACGGAUCAACAUGUUGAAAACUGGUUGGUGAAGCUCAAGGACAUAGCUUAUCAGUUGGAGAACUUACUGGAUGAAUUUACUGCAGAAAGUGUAAUGUGCGAGAGUCGCAGUGGAAAAGCCAAACAGAUAAGUAGUCUAUUUCUACCUUUUGAACCAUCAAAGCAUCUUUUUGACCUUGCAAAAAUACUACCAAAAAAACUUAAGGAACUAGAUGAGAUUGCAAAGCAAGGGUUUAGCUUAAAUCUUAGAGCAACAACUACAGAAAGACAAGUUGACAAUUAUGACAGAACAAAAGUAACUGGAUCGUUUGUGAUAACAUCGAAAAUAUGUGGAAGAGAUGAUGAUAAAAAGAAGCUUUUAGAGCUUUUGUUGACUACAUGUGAUGGCAAAACUGGUGGGGUUGUUUCUAUCAUCCCAAUUGUAGGUAUUGGAGGACUUGGCAAAACUACACUAGCUCAAUUAGUCUACAAUGAUGAAAAGGUCGUUCAUUUCUUUGACAUUAAAAUAUGGGUUUAUGUAUCUCGGGAUUUCGAUGUAAGUAAGCUCAUGUUAAGCAUAAUACAGUCUGCAACAAAAAGGAAGUGUGAACUCUUGGAGAUGGAUCUACUUCAAGCUCAUUUUCAAGAUUCAUUGGGUGGAAAGAGAUUCUUGAUUGUUUUGGAUGAUGUAUGGAAUGAAGACCAAGAAGAGUGGGAUAAGCUGGGCGACUUAUUUCAAAGUGGUGGAGCAGGAAGUAGAAUCAUUGUCACUACACGGAGUACCAAAGUUGCUUCAAUAGUGGGAACUACUUCCCCUUAUUGUCUCCAAGGCUUGAUAGAAGAUGAUUGUUGGGUUUUGUUCAAGCAACGAGCUUUCAGCAAGGAAGAAGAAGGUGAGUAUCCUAAUCUGUUGGAUAUUGGAAAACAGAUCAUCAAGAAAUGUGGGGGUGUGCCUUUGGCAGCAAAAACAUUGGGAAGUUUGUUGCGCUUCAAACGAGAAAAAGAAGAUUGGAUGUUUGUGCAAGAGAGUGAACUUUGGAAACUUGAGAAUUGUAACAGUGGCAUACUGCCAGCUCUUCGGUUGAGCUACUUACAGUUGCCUCUACACCUCCAACGAUGCUUUGCAUUCUGUUCAUUGUAUCCGAAAAAUUAUGAAAUUCAUAAGGAAAAGAUGAUCCACAUAUGGAUUGCUGAAGGCUUGAUAACAUGUCAUGAGAGGAACAGGCAGUUGGAAGACAUAGGAAACGAGUAUUUUAAUGACUUGAUGUGUUUAUCAUUUUUCCAGGAAGUUAAGAAAUUUGAUGAGACGGAUCUAGUAGUAUACAUAAUGCAUGAUCUCAUCCAUGAUCUUGCUCGAAGUGUGGGGAGUCAGGACUUCGUGAUAUUGGGACAUGACUUUACUCAAGGUAACAUGUCACGGGUUCAUCACCUGUCAAUCCUUUUCCAUUCAGAUCCCACUUCAUUUCCAAAGGAAUUGUAUGGUGCUAAACAUCUUCGAACACUUCAAUUCCUGUUUUGCACCGGAGACAUUCCUUCUUCUUUUCCUCUGAACUUUAAAUACUUGCGAGUCCUUGAUUUAAGUGGUUGUGUGAAGAAGGUGCACGAGUCGAUUAGUGAUUUGAUAUGUUUGAGAUACCUUGAUCUCUCCAGCACCUCUAUUCAAACACUCCCUCAUACUAUUUGCAACCUUUCUAAUCUGCAAACCCUGAACCUCUCAUUUUGUGGUAACCUAAUGGAGUUACCUUUUGGAUUGGCUAAUAUAACUGGCUUAAGGCACCUUAACAUAGUGGGAUGUAAUGGACUGACUCGCCUUCCUGCUGGUCUGGGAAAUUUGGUUCAGCUUCAAACUUUGCCUUUAUACAUUGUGGGCAAAGGGAUUGGAGAAAGCAUCUCUGAAAUCAGUUCUCCCCACAUAAGAGGUGAAUUGAGUAUAAGGGGCCUGGAGAACAUCAGAGACAAAGAAGAAGCUACACUGGCUAAUCUGAGGGCGAAGAAAUAUGUGGAAUUGUUAAGACUCCAAUGGGGAAGUGAGAACAUAGUGAGGAUGUCAACAGGGUCUACCUCAUACGAGGUUUGCAGAGAAGUUGAUGGUACAUCAAGAUCACUAUCAAGGGAUAAUGACAAUGUUGUGGAGGGGAUCAUUGAGUGUCUUCAGCCACAUGUAAACCUCAAAAAACUAUAUAUCAAGGGAUAUCCUGGAUUCAGAUUUCCAGAUUGGGACCUCCCUAAUCUAGUUCUGAUUGCUUUGAUCAACUGCAGGGGAUGUGAUACUUUACCUACCUUUGGGAAGCUUCCGUUUCUCAAAACACUUUAUCUACAAGGGAUGGAUGGAGUUACACAUAUCGGUGAAGAAUUUUAUGGAGGCAAACCCCUCAAAUUCCCAUCCCUGGAAGACCUAACAAUCAAGGACCUUCCCUGCUUAAAAGAAUGGUCUUGCAUAGAGAACGAAGCAGCAGUAUUUCCUCGCCUGCAAAAGUUAGUUGUGGAUAAAUGUCCUAAUCUUAUCUCUGCUCCAACAUUUCAAUCUCUUCUUUAUUUGGAGCUCCGUGAUUGCCAUCCAAAGAUCUUGGAGUCUGUGGAUAACAUGUCUUCACUCUCCAAUGUUGUGAUUGAUGCGCUUCAAGGUCUAGUGCACCUUACAGGGAAAUUGCUAGAGAAUAACAAAUCACUGGAGACUGUGGAAAUACUUUCGUGCAAACAUUUCAUUUCUCUUCCUCAAGAGAUAGAGCAUCUCACUUAUCUGAAGUCACUGACCAUUAGCAACUGUGAAAAACUAACCCAUUUGCCAACAGGAAUCCGAAAGCUGCAAGCUUUGGAGUUCCUUGAGAUCAAUGGAUGCCACAGCUUAGAGUCAUUGCCAUCAGAAGAAUUUGCUGGUUUCAACUCCCUAAAGAGCUUGUCAAUUGAGAAUUGCGGCAACCUGAUUUAUCUUUCAAGUGGGUUCCUCCAUCUCACAGUCUUAGAACAGCUCUCCAUCAUGGGUUGCCCUCGGUUAACUUUAUCUAGAGGUAGUUUCCAGAAUCUCUCGUCUCUACGGAGCUUGAGUAUUAUAUCCUGCCCUGAAUUAUACCCAUUGCCAGCUAGCCUUCAACACGUCACUACGUUGCAAAGUCUGGUAAUCCAUAGCAGUCCUUAUCUCACAGAUCUUCCUGACUGGCUUGCUAAACUUUCCUCUCUUAGAUCCCUUGCAAUUUCAAAUUGCGAACAUUUGAUAUCAUUGCCAGAAGGAAUGAAGUACCUCAAUGCUCUUCAGCAUUUGUCGAUUCAAGACUGUCCUCAUCUUGAAAGGCUUUGCAAGAAGAAAGGUAUGGAAUGGCGAAAAAUAGCUCAUAUUCCACACAUAUAUGUUGGUUCACUUAAAUUUGGAAGAUGACUUUGGCUCCAACUGAAAUCUGAAAGAAGAAAACAUCUCUUUUCCAUCCACAUUGAGAUAGCAGACAUUCUCAACAAUCGAUGAAGUUACCGGUUAUUCUGAAGUUCAACAGCAGGACACAAGAUCAAAUAUUUCUAGUGAGAUCUAGAGGAAGAUUUCAGAGUACAAUUUUAUAUGUACUCCUGAUGGAAAUCAAGUGACUGAUGAAUCAGAGGAUCGGAAAGAAGGAAAAGUCGAAGUUAUAUAUUGUAUACAAGUGAGUUGUCGUUUUCUUUUUGCAUGAAAAUAACUCUAGAACAACAAUUACACUUUGAUAUCUAACUAGUUGUAUUUGGCAUAUAUAUUCAGGUUUUCCAUUAACCAACUUCCCUUUUCUGCUGGAUCUAAUAGGAGCAUUUUGAGGUUUAUAUACAUCUUUUUGAAAGGAACUUCUACUUUUAAGUAUUGCAAGAAGCUAGUUUUGAUAUGAUCACUAUGGAAAAAAUUUGAUGCUACUUUGUAUAUAUCCACAGCUCAUUGUAUUUGCAAGUAC